AUGGCAGAUGAGAAGGAGGCGCCAUCCCCGUCGUCGAACCCCCGGCUGCUGCAGUCCGUCGUGGUGAUCAAUGCUCGCGGCACGCGGAUUACGACCACGGGCGCCACGCUGGGGCGGCUUGCUCUGCCCGGCACCUUCUUCGGCUCCUUCGAUUGGGGCGCGCAGGAGCCGGAAGAGAUAUUUCUGGAUCACGAUCCUGCAGCGGUGGCGGCAGUGUUGACAUCCUUCGCCAACGUUCGCUUUGGCAUGCCUGAAGCCCUUGGGGCGAUCCGACACGCAUCGACGCAGUGUGCGUACGCCUUGCGGCCUCUCCUGCACUUCUUGGGCCUGGAGUGGCUGAACGGCCAGCACUUCGCCUCUUGCUUCGACGACGCCCAGACGUGCGCAGCGUGCAAGUGCGGGGAGGAACUCGCGCGCGACUGCUGGAGCCUCUGCCCCGGGGACCUCUUGCAGCACCUCGUCGAGGUCUCUGGAAAGAGCUCUUGGACGCAGCUCCCGGAGCUCGCGCUGCUGGACGAGCAGGUGGAACUCUACGGCGUGGGAGACGAAGCCUUCCUCCUGGAGCAAGGCGGGUUCGUGCCGAUGGGCGAAGCCCGAUGUUGGGACGUACCAGGGGAAGGCGACGGCCAGUGGUUUGCGGCCCCUCAGACAAGGAUCCUUGUGGAUCUGGGGGCAUCACGCGCUGUGUGGCCCACAGGUCUCAAGAUGACCCUGCUGGUGCCCGACCUGCUUCCCACCACUGAUGCCUUCAUCCUAGACAUUCGCUUGGAUGCGGUGUCCGAGUUCCAGGAGCCACCGCAGCUCUUGGCCUCCGCGAUCUUCCGGAUCCGCGGAAGAGAGUCCGCCGCCAACAGCACCUUCCUGGUGGACCUGCCGGUGGCCAGCCACCGCCAGGGCGCCUUCCGCAUGCUGCGGUUGAGCACCACGCUGCAGGACAGGCGCUUGGGCUGCGUGUCGCUUCAGAUCUACGGCGAUCUGUUCCAGAAUCUCCCGUCCGAGCUGCGCGCUUUCCCGCGGGACACGUUCGUCUUCUCGUCCGAGUACAGCAAAUACGAGCGAGUGAGCAAGGGCAAGACGCCCUACCAUGGAAGCGCCGGCUUCUACCAGGAGUGGAUCUAA